UCCGAUUGGCCCGCAGCUGGGCCAGCGGGUGUCAGCGGCGGCUGCGGCCAAGCGGGCCCUGGCAGCCGGCGGCGCGGGCGCCUCCCUCGCAGCCGCGGCCCCGCGCUCCCGCCUCCAGGCUGCUCCCGGAUUCCCGCUGCGGCUGCGGUUCUGGCGGCCGAGCCCCGCGGCGUUGCAGCUCAGGUCCGCGCGCCGACCCACCCGCCGCGCCCCUGCCUCGCAGCUCGCAGCCUUCUACUCCGCGCGCCGCGCUGCGGCGGCAGGUGCCCCAGGAACCCCGAGGCGCGGUGGCCGGAGCCUGGCCGCCGCCGAUGACCCGGGUCACGGACCUGCUCCAGCCUGGCUACCCCGCGGUGUGUUUGGGUGCCAUCUACUACCAUUUGAAAUCAUCUCCCAAGACCUGCUGCCACCAGACCCUGCCAGGAGAGACCACCUGAGAAUCUCCUCCACCUUUACCAUCCUUCUGAGGAAAUUUACACCAUGGUCUAGUUAAUAGGUCUUGUCUUCUCGGCUGCGCUUGGCACUGAAUCAUGGGGAGGAAGCUGGACCUGUCCAGUCUGACGGACGAUGAAACCGAGCAUGUCCUCCAGGUGGUCCAGCGAGACUUCAAUCUUCGGAAAAAAGAGGAAGAACGGCUUAGCGAGAUGAAGCAGAAGCUGGACGAGGAGGGCAGCAAGUGCAGCAUCCUCUCCAAGCACCAGAAGUUCGUGGAGCACUGCUGCAUGCGCUGCUGCUCGCCCUUCACCUUCCUCGUCAACACCAAGCGCCGCUGUGGGGACUGCACGUUCAACGUCUGCAAGAGCUGCUGCUCCUACCAGAAGCACGAGAAGGUCUGGAUCUGCUGCGUCUGCCAACAAGCCAGGCUCCUGCGAACCCAGUCCCUGGAAUGGUUCUACAAUAAUGUGAAGAGCCGCUUCAAGCGCUUUGGCAGCGCCAAGGUCCUGAAAAACCUGUACAGGAAGCACCGGCUGGAGAGCGGAGCAGGCUUCGACAUCCUGGGAGGAAGCUUUUUUGAGGCAAACCUGGAGAAUGAAGGAAGUGUCUCAGGCAGUGAUUCAACAUUUUAUAGGCAAUCAGAAGGACACAGCAUGAUGGACACACUGGCUGUUGCCUUACGUGUGGCCGAAGAGGCCAUCGAGGAGGCGAUUUCCAAAGCAGAAGCCUAUGGGGACAGCCUGGACAAGCAGAAUGAGGCCAGUUACUUGCGGGACCACAAGGAGGAGCUGACUGAGGAGCUGGCCACGACUAUCUUACAGAAGAUCAUAAGAAAACAGAAGAGCAAAGGUGAGCAGCAAAUGGAAGAAGAGCCAGAGUGGUCACAGCCCCAGAGCUGCAGUGCGAAGGCGGCCGACGAGGGGACCCCGGCCUCCCCGGGAGGCCACCCUGCCUCCAGCCUCCGCUGGCGGUCCCCGUCCGAGUUCUCACCCAUCGGAGAAGAUGCCCUACAGACCUGUUUGCUGGAGGCUGCGUCGAGGCAGCCGGGAGGCCUGGGCCAGCAGCCCAGGGGGGAGCCGGCGUGGCCCAGCUGGAGGAGCCGGGACAGUCCGGACCAGGCAGCAGGAAGCAGAUCACUCCGGGGGGCAUGGCCCAGCCUGAGCGGAGCAGAGAUGCAGAACAGAGGAGGCCUGGAGGCGGAGGUCACCGUAGAAGACCGGGCCCCCGUUUUGCAGAGCCCCGAUGGGAACUGGGUGGCGCUGAAGGAUGGCGCUCUGCCCCCCGCCCGCCUGCUGGCCAAACCUAAGAGUGGCGCGUUCCAGGCCUUGGAGGCUGCCUCCAGCGUGGCCUCCGCCUACGAGGAGAUGGGCUCCGACAGCGAGGAGGACUUUGACUGGAGUGAGGCCUUGAGCACGCUAUGCCCACGGCCCCAGGAUCUGCCCAGGAACCCCCAGCCUCAGCCCACGCAGGCCCAAGGCUUGGACCAGGUCCCCUCCGCCACCUCUGCUCCCUCCAGGCUUUCCCCCCACCUCGAGGCCACGUGCUCUGACUCAGAGACGUCCUCCACGGGCUCCUCCCGGGAAACAGGGCAUCAUCGGGCCAGACUGUCCUGGCUGCAGAGGAAGGCUCCUAGGACCCCUGUCGCCGAAAAGAUGCACCUCCAGGGGGAGCUGGACGUGAACUUCAACCCGCAGGCAGCCAGCAGGGAGACCUCCGACAGCAGCGAGCCUGAGGAGGCCCCCCACGUGCCAGACCGGCGGACCCGGAGGUGGAGAAGGGCCCGCGUGGGCUCAGAGGAUCCAAGCAAGGAGCUGUCUUCCCCCAACGCCCAUUCCCAGGAGCCGAACACCCACCAGGUGUUGGGUGACUUAUCAGAGACCGACCUCGGCAAUGAGACUCGGCACCCCCGGACCCGUGCCGACACCACGGAGGAGAAAGUGAGAAACAAGUUGUUCGAGUUGGCGAUGAAAAUGAGUGAGAAGGAGACGUCUUCGGGGGAGGAUCAGGAGUCCGAGCCCAAUCAGAAAGGAAGUCUGUCCUCGGAAGACAACAGCCAGAGCAUCCAGGAAGAGCUGAGGAAGAAGUAUUCUGCUGUUUCUCUCUGCAACAUCUCCACAGAAGUCCUGAAAGUCAUCAAUGCCACGGAGGAGUUGAUAGCAGAGUCGACAGGGCCCUGGGAGUUCCCACCUGGCCCUCCUGACAGAGAGAAGGGGACAUUUCCUCUUGGGACAGACCAAGUGAGACUGGAUGAGCAGCUGACCUCCCUGGAAGAAAACGUGUACCUGGCAGCAGGCACCGUGUACGGACUAGAAGGCCAGCUGAGUGAGCUGGAGGAUGCCGCCCGCUGCAUCCACAGUGGCACUGAUGAGACCGAACUGGCAGAUCUGGAGGACCAGGUGGCCACGGCUGCAGCCCAGGUCCACCAUGCUGAGCUCCAGAUUUCUGAUAUCGAGAGCCGGAUCUCAGCCCUGACCAUUGCCGGACUCAACAUAGCGCCGUGCGUGCACCUCACCAGGAAGCGGGAGCAGAAGCAAAGGAACCAGGUGCAAACAAUAGACACAUCAAGACAGCAGAGGAGGAAACUGCCUGCCCCACCGGUGAGAGCUGAAAAAAUGGCGGUAUCGUCAGCGACCACCACAAAAACAUUCAACCGCAACUUCAUUCUCCAAGGCUCCUCGCCAAACAGGAGAAGCACCGCCAAGGACUUGAUGGAGCCCACUCUGGAAUCCGCUGUGAUGUAUUAGCGCCACGGAGCUCCACUGCCAGUGACCCACUGCCUCCGGCGUACACGACAGUGCCUUGACCCAACAGCCAUUGAAUACUAUAUGGAUCUCCACCUGAGGAGAGGGCCUGGGGAGCCACGGUGCGCAGGGCUGUCCUGAUACCUCACCCAGAGAGCGGUCCCAGACAUCGGCAUGGCGGUCUUGCCCGCUCUCUGCCUUAGGCUCCCAGGAGAAGCCAGGACAGAAAACCGAGAUGCUGGCUUCCGACAGUAGAGUUCCACGUCCAAAAAUGCAUCAUGUCCCUGUCUGCUUUGCUACUGUAUGUUGUCUUUGUGAUCUUUUUUUUUUUUUUAAUCCUUUUGCUUCAACUAAAAUGACAUAACAAUUUGUCCAAAGAAAAAUGGUUGGGUGGGGGUGGGGGUGGGGGCGGAGGGAAGGGAGAUGGGUAUUUUCAUUUAAUUCAUCAUCAGUUCUUACUAAUCUCUCACAAGCAUCUUAUCUUGCAAAUGCUAAGGGGAAAGAUGAAAAUGCCCCUGUGUGAGCACGAGGGACUGUCACAAUUGGAGAGUGCUCGCCCAUCAAGGAUGCAGGUCUCCCUUUAGCCACUUCCUCCCUGCUAGGCCCCCAGCCCGCCGCACCACCAGUCAUUCUCAUUGCUUUGCGAUCACCAGCCACAGAAUAGAAAGCUCUGCCUCACCCAUGCCACGCCCAGGCCCAUUUGAAACUAUGGCUCAUUGAGAAUUUAGGUUCUUCCUUGGACUUCUGAGACUUUCCCCACUCUGGAGUGGAGAGGGGCUUGAGAAAGCCCAUCACUGGCUUAACUUUAGGGCACUGUCCAGAACCAACGUGACAGUGACGUGGGUUAGCGAUGACCGCCGCUAAAUGAGGUGUCUGUCGCUCAAUGCACUGUCGCAGGCUAGAGCCACAUGAGAAAAUGUUGUCCUCCAAAAUUUACUUCCCAAUAAAUAUUCAGCCAAAGUAGUAAAAUGACCAUAAAGACAAAAAUAGUUAAGGAAUAGCCAGAAAACUUCCAGGACAAACUGUGAAUUUAAUGGACACAGAGUUGAUACUCACUCUGUUUCAGGUCUCAAAUGCAUGACUAUGUAGACUGUGUUUAUAAAAGCAAAUGGAACUGGAAUUUCACUCGAUUGAUCAUUCUGCUGAUAGAUUCUGAAUCUAAGGAAGAAGGCAAAGAUGGGAGGCAAGGGAAUAGUGUGACUGAUGUUUAUUAUCCUCGUUUUAAUGCUUAGAGCAGCCCUAUGCAAAGGGUACCGCCAUUUUGUUUAUAUGUGGAGACUGAGGGCCAUGGACGUUAAUUUGCGAAGUCACACCUGGAAGCCUAGUUAGAAUGCCUCACGCCGAAGAGCCUCCCUCCCUCUCUGUUGUUCCAACGGCUACGCUCUUUUGCUGGUAGGCACAUCCCCAGACCUGACUUGCUGCUGAAAUGUGUGUUGUGGUGCAUUCCUGAUGGGGGUCUCUCUAUCUUCCAAUAAUUAUUCUUGCUGAUGCUGUGUAUGUCUCCUCCAACAGAAAUAAUGCCUUGGAAAUAAAGUCAAUCUUUGGUCUUUUGCUCUGUUGGUAUGGUUCAAAGCAAACAAAUUCAAAUUUGAAAAACACAACAGAAAAGAUCUGGUUCCAAAUAGAACGUUUUCUUUAGGAGGCAUGAAAAGCAGUUAUUGUUGUGUUACAGUGUUAAAAUAUUCAGUUUUCCUUGACGAAAAUGUGUACUGUGUGAGCCUUGCAAAAAAAAAAAAAAGAAGAAGAAGAAGAAGAAGAAGAAGAAAAGAAGAAGUCUGCUCUAUGGCAUUUGAAUUUUUAUAAAGGUUUCCUUGUGCCAAAAAAAGUGCAAAGAUUUAAUUUACUAUUAAAAACCAUAAGUAUA